AUGGGAAGAGAGGGCAUUUUGCCCCUUGUGAUUUGGCUGAUCUUGGUGGUUCGACCCCUGAGGUGUAUUUAUGCUAAUAUGGAAGGCGAUGCUCUUCAUAAUCUUAGAGCAAACUUACAAGAUCCAAACAACGUGCUGCAAAGCUGGGACCCGACACUUGUCAACCCAUGCACAUGGUUCCAUGUCACUUGCAACAAUGAUAACAGUGUGAUUAGAGUUGAUUUAGGGAAUGCUGCUUUGUCCGGUCAAUUGGUCCCACAACUCGGCUUGUUGAAGAAUUUGCAGUACCUGGAGCUAUACAGUAAUAACAUAAGUGGGCCCAUACCCAGUGACCUUGGGAAUCUGACUAAUUUGGUGAGCCUCGACCUGUACUUGAACAGAUUCAGUGGUCCAAUUCCAGACGCAUUGGGGAAGCUGCCGAAAUUGCGUUUUCUCCGGCUCAAUAACAACACCUUGACGGGUACUAUUCCAAUGUUGUUGACCAAUAUCUCAACCCUUCAAGUCUUGGAUCUCUCAAAUAACCUUCUUUCAGGCGCAGUUCCUGAUAAUGGUUCUUUUUCUUUGUUCACACCCAUCAGUUUUGCAAAUAACUUGAAUUUGUGCGGCCCGGUCACUGGAAAACCAUGCCCUGGAUCUCCUCCAUUCUCUCCACCCCCUCCAUUUGUACCACCACCCCCAACUUCUUCGCCAGGUGGAAAUAGUGCCACCGGAGCCAUUGCCGGAGGAGUUGCCGCCGGUGCUGCUUUGCUAUUCGCUGCCCCUGCCAUCGCAUUUGCAUGGUGGCGCCGAAGAAAACCGCAGGAUCAAUUUUUUGACGUGCCAGCCGAGGAGGACCCCGAGGUUCACCUGGGACAGCUCAAGAGGUUUUCCCUCCGUGAGCUGCAAGUUGCGACCGAUAGCUUCAGCAAUAAGAACAUUUUGGGGAGGGGUGGUUUCGGAAAGGUGUACAAGGGGCGGCUUGCUGACGGUUCUCUGGUGGCCGUCAAGAGGCUCAAGGAGGAGAGGACACCUGGCGGUGAACUUCAGUUCCAGACGGAGGUUGAGAUGAUUAGCAUGGCCGUACACCGUAACCUUCUCAGGCUUCGCGGUUUCUGCAUGACACCAACUGAGCGUCUGCUCGUCUAUCCGUAUAUGGCUAACGGGAGUGUUGCAUCGUGUUUGAGAGAACGACCACCUAACGAACCGCCGCUAGAUUGGCCGACAAGGAAGCGCAUUGCUCUUGGGUCCGCGAGAGGCUUGUCGUAUCUGCAUGACCAUUGUGACCCGAAGAUUAUUCACCGUGACGUGAAGGCUGCCAAUAUACUGCUAGACGAAGAAUUCGAGGCUGUGGUCGGAGAUUUUGGUCUCGCCAAGCUCAUGGAUUAUAAGGAUACACAUGUGACUACUGCCGUUCGUGGCACCAUUGGGCACAUAGCUCCCGAGUACCUCUCGACUGGAAAAUCAUCCGAGAAAACAGAUGUGUUCGGGUACGGGAUUAUGCUUCUUGAACUGAUAACUGGGCAGAGGGCUUUCGAUCUGGCCCGUCUCGCUAAUGAUGAUGAUGUCAUGUUACUCGAUUGGGUGAAAGGGCUUCUGAAAGAAAAGAAACUCGAAAUGUUGGUUGACCCGGACCUGCAGAGCAGAUACGUAGGAUCGGAGGUGGAGCAGCUGAUCCAAGUGGCCCUGCUUUGCACUCAGAGUUCCCCAAUGGACCGGCCCAAAAUGUCUGAUGUUGUGAGGAUGUUAGAAGGAGAUGGAUUGGCCGAGAAGUGGGACGAGUGGCAGAAAGUGGAGGUUCUCCGGCAGGAGGUGGAGCUUGCCGCACCACAUCCGACCUCCGAUUGGAUUGUGGACUCCACCGAGAAUUUGCAUGCCGUAGAAUUAUCCGGUCCGAGGUGA